UGUGGGAGAAGAAAACAGCAAGGGUGAGUUAAGAGGUACCUGGAUGCUCAUUCUUGAACAGAACAGCAAUCUAUGGCUCAGGGCUGGGGAUUCUGGUGACCUUAGUGGAUGCCUUCAACAGCGGAGAGGUUCCUUCUCUGGAGAACACGGUGAUAUCUGUGUCCUAGUGUGAGGACUCAGUGGCUCUACAGAGUGAGGUUCCCACAGAAAUGGUCGUGGCAGUACCAGACCUGGGCUAUGGAGCAGCCCCCACGGAGCAGCCUCCCCAAAAUGACGAGGAGUUAUGGAAGAAGUACAUGAGUUUAGUGCAGAUGAAGAAGGAACUAGAGGGAAGCUGCAUGAAGAAAGAUGAGCUUCUCCAUGAGGCACAAGAAGCCUUAGCAGAGGAGCAAGCCAAAAGAGAGACAGCUGAGAAGGAAAAGCGGCUUCUUGAGAAAAGGUGUAAAAUGCUGCAGCAAAAGUUAGAGACUCUAGAAACAAUUUUCCAGGAAUCCAUGGGCCAAAUGAGAGAGGAGAUAAAGAGAGAGAGAAAAAACCUUCUGAGAGGGCAGAAUGAGAGGAUUCAGAGGCUGGAGGCCCAAAUAAAAAUCAUGACUGGUAACAAGCAACAUACUGAAACUGACUGCACUCCAAAGAUAAUGGAGAACAAUGACAGAGAAGAUACUUCGCGGCCUUCAUGGUGGCCUCAAAUUUGUGAGCUGCUACAAGAGUUGAUUUUACUAAUGGUCAAGUUUUUCUCUUGUAUAUAAUUUCAGAUACCUGUGCACAGUAUUCAGACUUCUUCCAACAACCUCUACGAUCCUCAACUUUAUGUUGCAGACUGGUUUCUCCAUGAAGUCUUGGAUUUCCUGAAUCCUCUAAAGCGGGUUGGGUGGCCGUCCUUUGUGAUCUCUUUGUACCUAUGGCAUGAUUUUGAAAACUUAAGUUACCCAUUGACUCUGUUUCGCUGAUGAUACCUCACUGCUAGGGACAAGUUUAUCUUUAUCAUUGUAAUCUUAGUUCCUAUUUGCAUGUCCAACACUUGAUCAGUAACUGCAAAAUGAUGGUUGAACACAUUCCCCACUCUCUAAAGAUUCUUCUUUAACAAAAGGUUUAUUUAUUUUUGAGAGAGAGAGAGAGCGAGAGAGAGAGCGAGCAUGAGUGGGGAAGGGGCAGAGAGAGGGGAAGAAUGAGAAAAUCCCAAGCAGGCCCUGCACUGUCAGCACAGAGCCUGAUGUGGAGUUUGAACUCAUGAACUGUGAGAUCAUGACCUGAGCUGAGAUAAAGAGUUAGAUGCUUAACUGACUGAGCCGCUCAGGUGCCCAGUUCCUGUUUUCUAUAUAUAUCCUAAUUAUGACAGAUGCUUCAAAGGACCCUUAAAACAAAGGGUAUGGUUUUUGACAUAGAGAACAAAGACAAAAGGAGAUGUAGAUAAAAUUAAAUUUCCUCAUAACCUGCAGCCCAAUGACAAAUACUUGAGACAGGGAGAGUAUGACAUUCCUCCAGGAACUCCCAACUGUGUUAAUAUUAAUGCUUUGCUAGUGGCAGAAACAACCUUACCUCGACAAUAGUCAGACUUCCACGAUCUUGUAAGUCUUCUUUAAUAUAUGAAAAUCCUCUUGGAGACUUUCUUUUUCUCUACCCCUCCCACCU